UAGGCUUCCCUUCAUCCAACCAAAUGCGGAUUUGGAUGACAUGUGACGACUAUUUCAACUUCACACGUAUUUCAUAACAAACCAUCUUUCAAAAUAUGUGACGCAAGAAGAUCAUGAGAGAUGAGACUGCGUUACACAAAUACAGCUUCGAUAACAGUCUUCUUUUGUCUGAGUUCCUUACCUUGCCACUUAGUCGGCAAGGUGCGCGGUUAGUUUGGCCAGACGUUAGUGUCAUGCCCACGUUAUUUACCUGUCUGUCCUUUCAGCGUGUCAAUGUGUGUGUGUGUCUUGUGGAGGUCUUCCUGUGAAGGGGCCAGUAUAAGAGAAGGACUGUGUGAGCCGCAGAUGUUUCAGUUAGCCUCAUUUCCUGGGCGGAGAGCUCUCGGCUCAAAUAGUAAAGCAACAGGAGCCCGGAAAGAAGGCGAGCGAGUGAACAUGAGCAGGAGAGAGAAGUUAUUGGAACGUAAAGCUCUCACAAAUCAUUUUGUCACCAGCAUGCUCUGACAAGCGAGAGAGAGAGAGAGAGAGAGCGCGUUACAAGAAGGAACUAAUAAAAGAGCUGCGAAGAAGAGGAAAGAGGUGUGAAGGAGUUUUCCCCUUCGGACAGCUUGAAACUGGACACACAGACCUGAAGAGAAGCAAGCAAAGUACAUUUGCACCUCAUUACUGCGGUUCUCUCGCUUACUUCCCGCGGGCACUUUUUUUGGACGGUUCAUUUCUUUCAUCCUUUUGGUUCGCUCCAUCUGUCAUUUGAAGCGCGUGGGUUGAUCGUGGUUAGUUUGAUUUUUCCUGACACAUGACAUCAGCGGGGCUAAAACGCCAGGGUAUUUUCCAAGAAGGGCUAUUUUUGUUUCAGUUCCUCUCGGGAGUGUUUGCUCAACAGUGCGCUGCCGUGAUGGGCAUGUAAAUAGAUCUUUCCGCUCCUCUUUUGUUCGGGAGGGGGAUGAAAUUGAAACUGGAAACGUGAAAUAACACGAAACCCGGUGUCGGCGUUGUCGGUCUCACUUCGGCUGCGUGCAGCUCGCUCAGACCUCUUUGAGCUUCGGAUGCUCGUUUCCUAGAAGUCUGCGUGUUCGAGAAGUAUUUCAGAAGAUUCAAUCUGUGAAGGAAAGUUAAGGUGCGAAGCUCUUACGCUGACGCAGCGCUCGUCUUGUUGCGCAUGCAGGCUGCAGCAUGCUGGUUUAGAGAGGCGCGCGGACUUUUGGGUAACGUGUCAAAAACCUGUGAAGCCACAGAGGAAAAUUAGCGCGCAAACACAUUUAAAGCGCGUCAAGGCGUCUGCACGCUUGUGUGUGUGCUUAAGGCUUGUCCAAGACUAGAGGAGAGAAAAAUAGAAAGUCAGUCCAGACGCGUGGACUAGAACAAGCUUCUCUGUGUCAGUCUGCCAGCAAUGAGCCGGGACUUAGGUUUUGCCAAAGAAAGCUGUCCGUGUGUUUUGUGAGUUUGUACUGUGCCUGUCGCAUGCUGUGUGUGUGUAGCACGCAUGUUAGUAUGCAUCUCUGUGCUCUCUCCAUGCAGCUUUAAGAGGUAAAACCCGGUGAUUAGGAAUCUCCCUAUAAGCAGACAGACACCAGGUGCUUUAUCAAAGGUGCUUUCCAACAUCAUCAUCAUCAGGUUAACAUUACGUCCUUCAUUUGUUUGACCUGAACGCUACGUCAGUCGCAAGCUUUAAAGAGGUUUAAAGAGGACCGCUGGGGCUCACACUCGGCAUCAUGAGGUUGUUGUGUUUGGCAAUGACAGCCAUGUUCAUGGUGGCUGGAACUGAGAGCAUGUCCACCUGUAAGACUCUCGACCUGGAGGUGGUCAAGAAAAAGCGGAUCGAGGCCAUCCGCGGUCAGAUCCUCAGCAAACUGCGCAUGAACAAAGAGCCCGAGAUCAACAAAGAUAACGACAGAACGAUCCCAGACAACCUGCUCUCGCUGUACAACAGCACGGUCGAACUGAGCGAAGAAAUUAAGAUGAAGCCCGUCCCGGUGCAGGCCGAAGGUGAGGACUACUUCGGCAAGGAGGUUCACAAGUUCAUCACACGGCAAGCCCUGAACGGCACCAAACAUCAGAUGCUUUGUAACGUGUCAGAGAUGCGACUGAGCAUUCCAGACCACCGACUGCUGUCUCAGGCCGAAUUACGACUUCGGAUCAAGAAUCCUACGAUGGACCAGGAGCAGCGGCUGGAGCUGUAUCACGGAACAGGCGAGCGUGCUCGAUAUCUGGGCACUCGAUUCGUCUCUAAAGACUUGGCCAAUCGCUGGCUAUCAUUCGAUGUGAAGCAGACGAUCACAGAAUGGCUGCAGAGUACAGAAGACGAACAGAGUUUAGAGUUGAGAUUAUACUGCGGAUGUAAGACAGAUAAAGACCAGCAGAAUGCGGACAAGUUCCUCUUCACCAUAUCAGGACUAGACAUAAACAGGGGUGACACUGGUUCUAUUGCAUUAAUGAUGGUGAAGCCGUACAUCUUGGCUUUAUCUUUGCCCUCUAAUGGAAACACCCUUGCGUCCGCCCGCAAGAAAAGAGCCGUUGGCACGGACGAAACCUGUGAUGAAAAAACGGAGACUUGCUGUAUGCGGAAGCUUUACAUCGACUUUCGCAAAGAUCUGAACUGGAAGUGGAUUCACAAGCCCAAAGGCUAUUUCGCAAACUACUGUAUGGGCUCCUGCACCUACAUCUGGAACGCUGAGAACAAAUACUCCCAGAUUUUAGCCUUGUACAAGCACCACAACCCUGGUGCGUCUGCUCAGCCUUGCUGCGUACCUGCCGUUCUGGACCCUCUGCCAAUUCUUUACUAUGUGGGAAGACAACACAAGGUGGAGCAGCUGUCCAACAUGGUGGUGAGGAGCUGCAGGUGCAGUUAGAGUUCAUCUAACCUCAGAACACCGCUGAGUCCUCAAGAGCUCUCUGUGACUCUCUCACUCUCUCUGGACGAUAAAGACACUCAUGGAGAGGUGGACGUGUAGUCUCAGUGGGACAGAUAUAACAGAACUGACGUGGACAGGUAAACGUGGAAAAGAAGAAAAACGAAGGACAGUCUGGAAACCGCAGAAGAAAAGCUGUGGCCCUUAGUAGUGGAUCAAGAACACACACAUAUGAAGCAUUUCAUAAAGCAAGCUCAUAUUCAAACCAAAUAUAUGCUUUGUUAUCUUUUUAAAUGUUUAUUCACAUGGUUCAUACCUCUUAAUUUAUUCUGCUGGUUAGGUUUAUAUUUGAUUGUACCAUAAAUGCGGCAUUGCAGCAUUACAUGCCAAAUGUACAAUGAAGAUUUCUUAUGGUGCUGAGGAAAGAAAUCGAUGUCACAGGAGGCUUAUGUGUGGAUAAGACACACUUUAGAAGAGAGGACAACAGUCUUUGCACUAAACUAUGUGAGGGGGACUAAGAUGCAAAGUCCCAGAUAUGUGGCUAUGAGAGAAUUCAAGGAACACUAGAUGGACUCUUUGCUUAUAGCAAGAACGCCACAUCCGACUCUUCUCCCAAACCGAUCUGCACUAGCAGGUGUCACUUCAGCACAGAUUUCAAGCCCUCCAAGACUCACCGAAAACAUCCAGGUCACAUUUCAAUCUAAAAGAACCAAAAUUACAUUCAUAUUUAAUAUUUUUAUUGUAUUUUCAUCCAAUGAAGACUAUUUUAGGACUAAGAUUAUUGACACUACUCUCUUAAAAAAGGUGCUUCAAAAGGUUCCACGAUGUCAUUGAAGAACCUUUUGGUUCCAUUUUAUUUAAACUACAUUUUUGUUGUAUUUUAGCCUAUUCCGUGUGGUCAACCUUUGCCUAGAAUUUGUAAAAAUAAACUCUAGGCAUUUUAUCUGUUCGCUCAGAUGCCUUUCAAAGGCGCACCUAUGCUGGGCUUUUAUUGGUUGCUUUAUCUUCAAUAUUUCCUCCAGAUCGUCCGUUACGAAAGCGUUUCUUAAAAUAAACGUAUUUUAGUUGUGUAUUAUUAUACAUUUCAAAAAUGUAGACUUACCUUUAGAUUGAUCUAAAAGGGUUUUUAGGAACACUGUUAACAUUUCAGUCAAGUGAUCCUUCAUGUUUGAACUGUAGUGUAUUUAGUACAUAAUUAUUACUCGGCUCGUUGGAAUGCUCGAUUCUGAUUGGCCAUUCGCCACAUUUGCAGGUUCGUGAUUCCCAGAUAAGAACCGCUCAAAACUAUUAACACACGGUGACCCGGAUGCAGCGAAUGAUUUUGACAGUUUUUUUUGACAAAUUAAUUAUAAAAAUAUAUUUUAACAACAUAGUUUCACAUUAUAUUUACAAACAAUUAAACCAAAUUGCUUGUUCAUGACGUUUGAACAUCGUUUCUUAACUUAAAACCGAAAGUAAACGUCUCUGCAUUCGGUUAAAAUGAGGUAAUGAAAUAUUUUGAAUACUCAUUUCAUGUCCAGUUUUUUUCUCAUGUGGCAAGUAGCCGUGUCAUAAUUGGGAUAAUGUACAAGCACCCGGCUGUUAUCGCAGAAAUAAGCCCUGGCAGUGUGAUUACUUAACACACUGGUGCCUUAUUGUCAUGAAAACAUAAUUUUGUCUUGAAAUAUGACUUGGAGAUGUUCUUGUGAGAUUCAGCCAUGUUCAGUUGUGUUUGUCUUUGUGUGUGUUGUAUUUGUGCUUUGUUUCUCAGCUGCGAUGGCCUUGCGCUGACAUCUGUAUGUGAACAUAAGUGUAGAUAUUUAUAGAGGCUUCAUUGUCGGCUUUGCUGUUAAGUGGUGGGGUUUGUGUUCUGUGUUUUAGUUUAGAGUCAUAAGCUUCACAAUGAUGUACACAAUGAUGAAAUAGAUGGGCUAUCUACAGUAUAACAUGUUCAUGCUGUCUAGGUUUUAUAUUUUGACUUUUAAAUAUUGUAUUUUUUAUGUGAUUUUACAUCUGCUGUUUUAUCUGUUCAUUAUGCCGGUGUCUCUUGACAAGCAUUUCACAUUCACGCAAUGUUCCGUUACAUUAUAUUUUGUUUGUUUCUUAGUGUUUGCACUUAUUUUAUGUCAUUGUGUCCCAUUCACAAUAAACAAUUCUCUGUUACAGCCA